UUGGAACGUUCGUAAUGGCUACAAUUUAUAUUUGCAUAAAUUCUCAUUGCGUGAUUGGUCAACGGCACGCCAAUCAACCCAUUCCUCUGCUUUUGGAUAUCACCUCAAGAGACUCCACGGUGUUUCAUCAGUGAGGACUGGAAUGUGAACAAAGUAACACAACACAGCCAACCAGACGAGAGGUGAACAAAACUAUGACUCCUUCCCUAAUUCCGAAACUGCCCGACGUCAGGAUUUCUCACUAGCGCCCAGAACACUGAUUCUGUCAGCCUGGUCUGUUGAGGGGACGCUUUUUGGACCAAUGCAGACCCCCCCUCAGUUCCUCACUGUCAGUGCCUGUGCGUGGGUCAGCAGUUUUUGCCGCUUUCGGGGUAUUGGAACCAGUGAAAAUUUGGACGUGCUGGAAAAGAUGUCAGUCAGCGUCCAUGAAAACCGCAAGUCCAGGACGAGCACAGGCUCUAUGAAUAUUUCGCUCUUCCACAAGCCAUCUCAUCCAGACAGUGUGCUCACCCACCUCAAUACCCUGCGCAAACAGUGCAUGUUCACAGAUGUGACACUAUGGGCAGGCGACCGCUCCUUUCCCUGUCACAGAGCUGUGCUUGCCGCUUGCAGUCGCUACUUUGAGGCCAUGUUUAGCGGUGGCCUUCGUGAAAGCCUUGACAGUGAGGUUAACUUUCGAGACAGUGUUCACCCAGAAGUUCUGGAGCUGCUGUUGGACUUUGCUUACUCCUCACGUGUCAUCAUCAAUGAGGAGAACGCAGAGUCACUUCUCGAGGCUGGAGAUAUGCUGCAGUUUCAUGACAUCCGUGAUGCAGCGGCAGAAUUUUUGGAGAAGAAUUUGCAUGCUUCUAACUGCUUAGGGAUGAUGCUGCUUUCCGACGCCCAUCAGUGCAAACGCCUUUAUGAACUGUCGUGGAGGAUGUGCCUCAUCCACUUUGAGACUCUUCGAGACACUGAAGACUUCUGCGGGCUCUCGAAAGACAAGCUUCUGGAUCUCAUUCUUAGUGAUGAGCUGGAGGUUGAAGACGAACAAAUUGUGUUCAAUGCAGUCAUGCGCUGGGUUAGGUAUGACCUAGACAGCCGCAGAGACUACCUUCCUGAACUGCUGCGAGGUCUACGCCUUGCACUGCUACCCUCAGAAUGUCUCAUUGAGGCUGUGGCAUGCGAGGAACUUGUGAUGUCCGAUAAAAGGAGCCGACAGAUAGUUGAUGAGGCCAUGCAGUGCAAGAAAAAGAUCCUGCAGAAUGACGGCAUUGUCACCAGCCCAUGCGCUAGGCCUCGCAAGGCUGGGCACACACUGCUCAUUCUUGGGGGUCAGACAUUUAUGUGUGAUAAGAUCUACCAAGUGGAUCAUAAAGCAAAAGAGAUCAUCCCUAAAUCAGAUCUUCCCAGUCCCAGGAAGGAGUUCAGUGCAUGUGCCAUUGGCUGCAAAGUUUAUGUGACCGGAGGAAGGGGGUCGGAAAAUGGGGUGUCGAAGGAUGUUUGGAUAUAUGACACAGUACAUGAAGAAUGGUCGAAAGGUGCCCCUAUGCUUAUUGCACGUUUUGGACAUGGCUCAGCCGAACUUGAAAACUGCCUUUAUGUUGUUGGGGGUCACACUGCUAUAGCAGGUGUCUUCCCAGCCUCCCCUUCAGUAUCUCUCAAACAGGUUGAGCGGUAUGACCCCCUAACCAACAAAUGGACAAUGAUGGCACCACUUAGGGAUGGUGUCAGCAAUGCAGCAGUGGUCAGCGCCAAGCUAAAACUCUUUGUGUUUGGUGGAACAACCAUACACAGGGACAAGGCUUCAAAGGUCCAAUGCUAUGACCCUGUUGAGAAUCGUUGGACUAUAGCUGCCGAAUGCCCGCAACCCUGGAGAUACACCGCCGCUGCUGUCCUUGGCAGUCAGAUAUUCAUAAUGGGUGGUGAUACAGAGUUCACCGCAGCAUCCGCUUACCGAUUUGAUUGUGAGACCAAUCAAUGGACGCGUGUUGGUGAUAUGACUUCUAAAAGAAUGAGCUGCCAUGCUGUGGCCUCUGGUAAUAAACUCUAUGUGGUCGGCGGAUACUUUGGUACACAGCGGUGUAAAACAUUGGAUUGCUAUGAUCCAACAUCAGAUAGUUGGAACAGUAUCACUACCGUGCCUUACUCACUGAUUCCAACUGCAUUUGUUAGUACCUGGAAACAUCUUCCUGCCUAGAUGCCUCCAUUUGAAGUGUAUGGAUCUGAUCUGGGUGCUUCCUUUGAAAACUGCUUAAAUCAUAAUUCCAAGCAGAGGAGCAACUGAAUUCAGCAGGCUGUCGACAUUUGACACAUAAACAGUGAUUUCUGUCAAGAUAGCUGUGUGCCAAAAUGCUAAACUCGGCUUGGCAGCCUUUUUUGAAAGCAAAGAGAAAAUUGGCUUGUUAAACCAUCUGGAUGAUGUCUAGCAGUAUUAUAGAGCAGUGGAUGUCAUUGAAGGACAACUUCAAGAGGGUUGAAGGUUGAGGCUUAAACGUCUCAUGAGUUCCUACUUAGGAUCAGAGUGAUGUGUCAGCACUAGUGAGCCAUUGAAAUAUUGAUUAGUAAUCUACAUUACAAAGCUUUUUCUGUCAAUUGGCUAUUAGGUAGAGUGAGAGCACAAAGUGGUUUAAUCUCUGUAAUUACAGACUGCAAUGAGGGACUCAGUGUGGAGAGAUUUAGGGAGAGGGUGCUUAUUGUUGCUGGAACAGUUUUUUUUUCUCAUCAAAUGGACCAUAUAAAGCUCUUGAAAUUUUGACCACUGAAAAGUUUCAUCUGAAAAUUGUGUUUUAUGCUACCUUUUGCUGAAUAUUUUCAGUGGCUAAAGGACAAUGUGUUUCACAAUUGGAAUGCAAUUGUAAAUUUGCAGAAUUUGCACAAUUGCAUUUCCCAAUUGUGCAUUGAAGUUCCCAUCCCCAGAAGCAAUCAGUCACUUUGGAUGUAGGUGCAUUAGCAAAGACCCAUUUCAUUAGAGGAACUAUUUCUUAUGUUGGAAGUCAAAAAAGUUUGUUACUUAUAAGUUUUAUUACAGAUGCGUGCACUUUAUAUCGUCACACACACCUAGAACAUGAACUAAUUUUCAUUCUCGGGUGAACUUACCCUUUAAUUUUAACCUUUGGACCCUCACAUAUAUAUAUGCAGGAGAAUGUGAAGGCGAACCUGUUGAAGUGCAGUUAGCUUGCAUGCUAAUGCUAGAAUAGUAAAUCGAAACAAAACAUAAUUUUAGUAGUGGAUGUAGGAAUUGGUAUAGCAUCUUUCUUUAAAACAAGGCUAUCGUCAAACACAGAUUCCACUAGUCCUGAAUGCACAAAGCUGUCCAGUACAAAACGUUUGCUACAAACAUAUUUUCCAUGUGUGUAGGUAUAACACAAAAAAAAUCAUCAACCUGCACUCAAACAGUUCUGGUCGCAUCGUAACGCUCAGAACGAGUGACAUAGAAAUGGCACUCUCCUUCCCCUGCAGCCCAUCUAUAAUACACAUUGAGGGCUUUACGUCACAUCCUUGACUUUGCUUUUCAACCUGGAAGAAUGAAAUUGCUCAAAGAUGAAAAAAUAAUCAGUUUCCUCUUAAUUGAUAACAUUUAUGAGUGCUAUUGCUAAUGCAGUCUGGACAUAUCGGUUCACAUCUAAAAUAAAAUUGUUCUGGGGUUUCAUGAACCUUAAAGUUGUAGAUUUACUAUACAAAAAUUGUAAUGGAGCCUCUACAUAAAUAUCCAAAAUAGAAUUUUGUUUUUCCAAACGAAAGGCUAAUUUGAAUUAAUAUUUUGCUAAAAUUUCAGUGCCUCAUUAUACAGAAUUUUACUAUUUUUUUAGGUCUGCUUUAAGUUUUUAAUAAUCAUUUAAUUCUCCAAAGAAACAAGGAAACUCCCAUUAAUAAGCUCCUUGGCAUGCUACUGUAUGUUACCGUAAAACAAAAGCAUAUAAAUGUAAAACCAUCAUUUGCGUUGAACUAUAAAUAAUUAAUGCUUAUUGACUAAAUGAAAUGCAUUAAACUUUGUUCUAAUAACUUUACUUCUAUAGGCAUCCUAAACUCAUCAUCAUUUCUGCUAACAUAUCUUAUUCGUCAGCACUUAUGACGAUUAGGGAUAAUACAGACUAACAACAUAUGCAUAAACUGCAUUUCUCAGAAGUCAGCGAGCCUCUUGUCUGCAUGAAGUCAGUGUAAGUAUAAGCGUGCAUAACUAUUUAUGUCAGACAGCAAAGGUAGCUGCUUAAACCUAAUGUUGAGGAAUUACAAUUGUGUCGAUGGCCUCUAAGAAUGCGUCAUAACAGUCAGCUGAACAUAUCUCACUUGUGUCGUUUAAAUUAGACUGCCUGGGGAGGGACCAGAGUGGUCUCAUUGCAUCCCCUGGUGAUUAGAAAAUGAUUACUUCUGUGAGUAAUCAUUAACACUCUUCAUCAGCCAGCGACUUCGUUCACACCACAAGCGCUUCAUUUCACAGUGAAGCAGGUGGCCCAGCAAAAGCUGGGUUUUAUAAUUAGCCCCAGGGGGCACAAAAUCAGAAUGUCUGGAGGACGCCCUGGCAGGCUUGCCGAAGGAUGUUGGCAGCAGUGGCGUGCUCCAGAAACGGCCACAGGAAGCGCAUAAACGUAGUUAACCAGGUUCCAACCAAAGGGUUAAAGCUUAGCCGGUUAGCAUGGCCCCGCUAGACUCUGCUGGUAGACGUUGUAAGUACACCAUCUGGCUGCAAAGUAUUUUUCCAUUGACGAGCAUUUAAAAAAAAAAAAAAACAAUUCUGGCAAAAUGGCAAUAUUUCAUAUUACAGUAAUAUUUUUUGGAGAGUACUUAAAUUUAUAUUUAAACUGAUAUUUUUCUAUUUGC